AUGGCCCCAGCCAGCAUAAACAGCGACGCGGGAGCGAAAGUCCGUCACGUUCUGGGCCUGCGCGAGGACUUGUACGACAUGGUGUACCGACCGAUAGCGAAUCAGGACGUGUGGACGUUGAUGCCGCUGUUACUGAGGCCACGCAGCCGCGGAUGGAUACGGCUGAGGAACAAGAACCCGUUCUCACCGCCACUGAUACACGCCAACUAUUUUGAUGACCCGCACGAUAUUAAGACACUUGUCGAAGGUAGGUAA